AUGGUGUCCCCUGCCAUCGCCCUGGCCUUCAUCCCCUUUGUGGUGACCCUCCUGAUCCGCUACCGCCACUACUUCCUGCUCUUCUACCGGGCCGUGCUGCUGCGCUGGCUGCGGGACCACGCCACCGGCAUCUCCCGGGAGGAGCGCGCCUUCCAGUACGUGCUUACGCACGCCAUCCCCGGAGACCCCCAGCACAUCCUGGAGACCUUCGACCACUGGGCCAACCACCACGAGUAUCUCAGCAACAUCGGGCCCCAGAAAGGUAAGAUCCUGGACCGCCUGAUCUAUGAGAACACCCCUCUCACCGUGCUGGAGCUGGGUACCUACUGCGGCUACGCCACCAUCCUGAUGGCCCAGGGCCUGCCCAUGGGCGCCCGGCUCUACACCGUGGAAAUGGACCCCCGCAACGCCACUGUGGCUGAGAAGGUCAUCCGCCUGGCCGGCUUCGACGAGGACACUGUGGAGCUGAUCGUGGGCCCCUCAGAGGAGGUGAUUCCCCAGCUGAGGGAGAAGCAUGGCCUACUCAAGGCCGACUUCAUCUUCAUGGACCACUGGAAGCGCUGCUACCUGCGGGACCUGCAGCUGCUGGAAGACCACAACCUGCUGGCCGAGGGGGCCACCGUGCUGGCCGAUAACGUCGUCUUCCCCGGAGCGCCCCAUUUCCUGCAGUAUGUCAAGACCUGUGGCAAGUACCAGAGCAAGACGCAUCGCACCAGCCUACAGUAUUUCCGGGCCAUCCCCGAUGGCAUGGCCGAGCUCACCUACACUGGCCUGCACUGA